AUGCGGGAAGGAAAGAGAGAAGGCGAAGUCGCAGAGGAAAAAGUUGCGGGUGCCAAGACCCGCGAAAAACUCCCCCGGCUCAACUCACUAUCCUUCCACGGAGACGACUACUUCCUUCCAUCACAAUCCACCAUGAGCUCCUCUUUCUCUAUGGGUGCCUUGACCAAGGCAUUGCCGUCUCUGUGUCGGCAAUGUCACCCCCGAGCGUCGUCCCUACGCACAAUUCGACCCUUUUCGUCCUCACCUCGAAGGUCCGCAGACCCCGAGCAGGCGUCCUCAGAGCCCAAGACCAAUACCACCACUACCCCGACGUCAACCCGCGACUCGUCGUCGUCGCUGGAUAUCUUGACUCGGAUCGCACAAGGGAACAUUACUUCAUCUGCGCGUGGACGCCCUGGCAACUUCCGAAGGGCCCAGAGCAUGGAAGACGAGAUGCUCACCAACCCCUACCCCGACCGCGCACCUCCCCACCACCUGCACGUCUUCACACACAAACACAACACGAUCCUCACCUUGACACGGCCAAAUGGCAACCCCAUGAUGUCGAUGGGCAGUGGCCAGAUUGGAUUCCGUAAAGGCGGCCGCUCUGGCUUCGACCCGGCGUACCAAUUAUGCUCGCAUGUGCUCGCCCAGAUUCAAGAACGAGGAUAUCUCUUGGAGAUCCAGCGACUCGAGAUUGUCUACCGGGGGUUUGGAAAGGGACGGGAUGCCUUCAACAAGGUCAUUCUGGGGAAUGAGGGACGGAAGAUUCGCGGGCUGGUCAGCCGAGUGACGGACUCGACGCGUAUCAAGUUUGGUGGUACUCGCAGCCGACGGCGGUAUAGCGCCUUCAGCUGGCCAUCGAUCACGUUCUCGAUCGUCUCCCUGUUGCCUUCAAUCAUCCUGAUUACCUACAUAGGUAGGUGGUUACUUAUCCAUUGGGCUUCAGCUACCUCCUGUGUUGUGUCGCGGUUCUACUCUUCUCAUCCCCCUCUGACCGCAUCCUGGACCCGGCGAUUGCAUGCGCCAGAGUUGCCCGCCCCCGCGACUCGUCUUGUGCGAGACGAACGGCUUGAUGAGGACCAGAGUUCUUUCGCUGGGCCGUCCAAAACCGUUUGGAUGCACCCUCUAAACCCUUUCCUGCGUGCUUUCUUCCGAAGCACUGUUCCGGGCCAGUGUACUCCCGUCGAGAACCAUGUCUUGCUCGUCCCCACGACAGAAUGCCUGGCCGGAUCACGCGACCGAGAAUCCACGCUUCUCUACUCAGACCUCGUCUCGUCGGAGGAGUUUCUAGGGAGCCAUGUGCUGCGCAUCCCGAUGCCCCUUGGCCCUCCAAAAGGGAAAGAAGAGACAAAUGUGCGCGAUAACAGGAGCAAGGCGAAGCAGCUGACGACCUUCAAUGGGAGAACGGUCAUCAUCAAAGAGAAUUCGGUCUACAGCAAUAAAGGCUUCAAGUCCUUGACCCAGGCGCUACUGCUGUCCGACGCCCUAUAUUACACACCGACGAAUGAAUCGCGACCAUGGCUCAUUUACUAUAUCUCCCGCCCAUUGAUCGGCUCCUACGAUCCCAUGAGGAUCAUCCCCGCGACUGUACCAGGGACCGAAACGAAGAAGACCGGGGUGACGGCUGCUGGCAAAAAGGACGGCGAGCCAAAUGGGUCACCUGCGAAACAAGAGAUCAAGUCCUUCCAUGAGUUGCUCUCGAACUUCCCUAUGAUUGCAAGGCAAAUGCAACCGGGACUGGAAAGACUGUUUCGCGAGUUUGGUGUAGAGUUAGGCAAACCGCUGCCCCAACCACCGUCCCAUUCACGAUCGCCCUCCGCGUCUGGCAGUGAAAGUGAAAACAAGUUAUCGCGCACGGAAUCCUUGACAGACGAAAGAUCCUCUAUCCGUAGCAGGUCAUCCCGCGGCCGGGGCCGCGGCCGACGACCGUCCCAGCCAGACGAAUACUAUAUGGAUGAUGAAGACCUCAUGCGUCGGAGCUUGGAAACUGCUGUCACGGCAGCAAUUGAUCUCUUUCGCCUGGUUGACAAACAGCAAUUGUCAUUUCUGGGUGCAACCACAGAUCUGACGGGACCUUUGGUUGAGAGCCUGAUUGAACGCUACGUCGCAGAACAAGUCCAUGAACCUUUACUCUUUCCCCGGCUAUGUGCCUUCCGACAACCUGAAGACACGGAACUGGACACCCGCAUCCGACAAAUGGAGAGCAUCGAUGUCUCUCAAGUUGGCAUGACCAUGGAAGGAGGGCGGGAGGGAAAGAGAGAGCUAAUUCGACGACUGGGACGAGGAGUGGAAGCAUUCCGGAAAAUGAACGAGGCAAAGUGCCCUCACGAUAUGCUCAACACGCUCCUGGAAACGGUCAAGGUCAUCUCUUUCCCCGGCAGCUAUAACCGGAUGGACGGAGCCACGUCUGAGAAGAGUUCUUCUCCCGUUACGAUUAACGCCGAUGUUCUGGUCUCUCUCCUGCUAGUGGUUGUCAUCCGGUCUCAAAUUCGGCACUUGCAAGCGCGUUUGUUGUAUAUGCAGCAUUUUAUCUACAUCGACGACGUGGACAGUGGUGAAAUGGGCUAUGCCUUGAGCACGUUCGAGGCGGUUUUGAUGUACCUUGUAACCGAUUCGGCAGGUCUGCGUCGUGCCAGUGCUCGAAACAGACGCCUGUGGCAGGCCACCAAAGCAGGCAGGGUUUCAGACAUGAAGAGCAUUUUGGAACCGGAUGAAGAUCACCAAUCUGCAGACGAGGCUGCUCCUCAGGAGCCCGAGCGGAAAUCUGUUCUCUUCCAGACGGAUGAUUGCGAUGACCAAGACGAAUUGCCUUUGGAGUCGUCAUCCGUGUACAGCCAACCAGCCAUUACAAAUGGCGAUCUCCUACAAGAAGAUGGCUCAUCUGAAGCACCGCCCUUGUCACAUGUGUUCCCGUUCCAGACUUGGAGGGCUGGGUCGCCUUUCAAGGAUUAUCGCCGGCCUGUGAAAAAGGUAUCGAUGGACGUUCGUAGUUUAUCGGAGUCCUCUGCUGUAUCUUUCAUAUCUCGCUCAACAACGUUUGGGUCUGUGACAAGUGGGAUUGAAGGUGACAACUCCCUCGACACCUUGACAAAGACUCAGGAUCCUGCUGGAGAUUCAAUUCCUAUGAUGGCGGUGGAGAGCCGCCAGACGGAGGCGUUGAAGUAUCUUCUCACUCUGGAGGAGUACUAUCCGUUGGAAGACAUCCUCGACGAUACCAACGCAGAUGGAACAACACUCCUCAAUGCGGCCGUCCAACUAGCUCACACGGAGAUCGUCGAUAUUCUUCUGGAUUUUCUUUUCACUAAGGCAGAUGAGAGUCUCGUUGCUUUCUACCUUACCAAGUCAGACGUCCAUGGCCGCACAGCUGGUCACUAUCUCUUCAGUACUCCUUCUCUUUUGCCUAGAUUGGGUGGCCUUUUACCUUGGCGACAGCGUGACAAGCAUGGACAGACGCCACUCUUUGCUCUCUGUCGGUCAUACGACCAUCCGGAGUACAAGAACAUGGUCAAAGUCGCAUUGACAGCGGCCCAACGAGCCCAAGGCGAUGGCAAACCUCUUCAGCUUGACGAUCAUGUGGACUCCAAGGGUAACACUCUUUUGCACAUUGUUGGCGACCCGGAGAUCACCAACCGAAUUUUACAACAGAGCGACUGUGAUCCAAACGCCACCAAUGACAAGAGGUUCACACCUUUAAUGAUGGCGAGCAAGUACGGACGAAUUGACCAAGUUCGGAUUUUGUUCAUGGACCCACGGGUCGACGUACAUAUCAAGGAGGCCCGCGGACUGACAGCAGUGGAACUAGCAAAAGACGAUGAAGUACGAAACCGGGUAGACGAUUUGAUCCUUCUCUCCCAUCCUCCACCGACAUAUACAGACUCCUCUGGCCGUGUGACCAUGGUCGUGCGGUCAUUCUUUGUGGAGGAUGCGACAGUACGCUUCAUCCUUAAGUCUGGGGCGCCAUUCCCGUCAUCUGAAUCAGUGGUGUCUCGGCCGGGAUCCACGACGUACACCGUCACGACUUGCCGUCGCAGCUUUUCCGACUUUGAGAAUCUAGCCAGGUGGCUGGCAGUGGAGCACCCGGCAUCCUACAUGCCUUCACUAUCAGACUUCCGCAACCCAUUCCAAAUACACUCGAAGCCGUCGCGAUCUGUGCUUCAUGAUCUUCAGGACAAACUUGACCGUUUCCUCAAAACGCUUUUGACCCAUCCCACCUUCUCGACGCAUGAAAUGCUCUGGGAAUUCUUUCUGGUUCCGGAACUGCAGCCUGGGAUGAUGGCAGAUCGAUCUCAGCGCAAGGCCAUGGUGCUCACCGAGACGAUCGCCGACGACUAUGAGCCCAUGACCAUCGAAGGGAUGCGAGACACAGAGCAAUUUAUCUCCCACGCCCAGGACAUGGUCCGCAGCGUCCACGCCACCUCGCGCAGUCUGAUCCGCCGAGGCCAUGCGCUGCAAAACGCCGCCUCUGACCUAGCAGAUGCCGUGGGCCUCUGCUCGUCCGUUCUCUACACCUUCGAAGAACCAGCCAGUGCACUCCCCUCCUCCCACACGGACGCCUUCAACCGCUACGCCACCUACCUCUCCACCUCGAGCUCCGACUCCUCGCCUCUCCUCCAGUAUCUAUCCGCGCUGACCUCUAUCGACAACACCACCGCAGCAAUCCUCACCUCCCUCGGCCGCCCGCUUUCCUUAAUGGCCACGCUCAACGCUACAAAGCGUAACAUCACCCGCUCGCGCACAUCUUUGAAUUCGUCGUCUCUGCCCCGCAAAUUCAACCUCAACCUCCCGGGCUUCGAAGAGUCUCGCCAGAAAUCCGUGCGGGACCUUGAGAAGAAGAUCCUCGAUGGCGAAGACCAGGCCUUGCGCGUCUCCAAGGAAAUCUCAUGGAAUAAGGACGUCGUGGUCAGUGAGCUAGCAGGGUGGACGUCGUGGCGAGAGAAGGUGGGCCGCGAUGCCAUCCGGACCUAUGUCCAGGAUACGCUCGUCCGCGAAAAGGAGCGAGGUAAGCGCCUAGAGCGCUGUCUAAGGAGUGUAAGGGAGACGAAAAGGGCGAAUGGGACAUAG